AUGGGGUGGAAACUAUAUGAGACCUUAUGUGAUCGUCCUCAUCCUCAUUUGGACGGGGGGGGGGGGGGGGGGGGGAGGGGGGGGUGGGGUGGGUGGGGGUGGGGUGGGGGGGGGGGGGGGGGGGGGGGGGGGGGGGGGGGGGGGGGGGGGGGGGAAAGGGGGGGGGAGGGGUACCCGGAUGACCGGAACUGCACGGGCCUGAACUUCUACCUCAGUCUGUGA